GGUCUUGUCUCUAUACCACUGGUUGUACUACUGUCACUUGUAGUUUAGUUUCUUUCUCAGAACAAGUUCGAUAUAAGCGUGACGAGAGAAAUACGUUUUCGCGCAAACAAGUAUAAUUUAUUAUUGGGAAUGGUGGUGCUACAUGAUCUGAUUUUUCUUUUAUGUAAGGCAUGAAUCUCGUUUUUGCUGUAAUCUGUGCACUUGUGCAAUACACUAAUGGUGUAGGGCUAGAAGUAAUCUAUCAGUGGAAAUAUCUGGAUUGGGUUUGGCCAAACGUCCCAUUAACUGGCAGUGAAUUUAUAUUUGGAAAUGCCUUUACGCAGGAUGUAGAUGUUGACAAAAUUGGACGGGUUUUUGUAACAAGUCCACGCUGGCUCAAAGGUGUUCCAAUUUCACUUUCCACUUUAUCUAAUCUAGAUGGACCUGGAGGUCCUUUGUUACUUCCAUAUCCUGAUUGGACAUGGUUUGUGCCCAACACGUGCGACAGCAUCAUUUCUGUCUACCGAGUUGCUAUUGAUGAAUGCGAUCGACUCUGGGUGGUCGACAGCGGAAGGGCUGAGUCAAAAGCUGUAUGUCCCACAAAGAUAUUGAUUUUUGAUUUAAAAACUGACCAACUGAUUCACAAAUAUGUGAUACCAGAUUAUCAAACAUUUUCGGGAAAAGCAUCUUUGGUAACGCCAAUAGUAGAAAUUGGCAAAUCUUGUAUGGAUGCAUAUCUUUAUAUAGCAGAUGUAGAACAAAAUGGAAUUGAAAUUUACGAUCUAAAAUACGAUCGUUCAUGGAGAUUAAAUAAUACAAGAGGAAAUGCCUUUGGUCCUGAUCCUGAAACUAAAGCAAUGUUCAUCACCAUUGCAGGGGAACAAUUUGAUCUAACUGAUGGUGUAUUAGGAAUGUCUCUAUCUCCUUCAGGGUUUUUUGAUAAAAGAUACCUCUAUUUCAAUUCCUUGGCAAGUUUUUACCAGAAAUUUACAGACGUGAGUUCGUUAAAAGAAAGUCUGUAUAAAGAGCCGUUGGUUUACCAAUCGAUUCAGAAGAGAUCGAGUCAAGCUGGCGUUCAGGCGACUUCACGACGUGGCGUAUUAUUUUUCCAGCUGGUGCAGAAAACCGCCAUAGCUUGUUGGAAUAUUGAAAAACCGUUUACACCAGAGAAUAUUGUAACGAUCGCUCAGGACGAAGAAAAACUCCAGUACGUGAGCGGCAUCAAAGUUAUUGUAAACAAAUACGGAGUCGAAGAAUUGUGGUUUAACACAAAUAGAUUACAAAAAACAAUAAACAAAACACUCAGGCCAGACGAGAUAAAUUUCCGAAUCAUUCGUGGUAAUGUCGAUGAAAUAAUUCAAGGCACUAAAUGUGAGACCAGUGGUCAUAGAAACCGUGCACCUGAUAUUUCAUCCUGGCAACAAAUAUGAUCUCGAAUCAAACUCAUGAUUAGUCUGAGACUGAAUUAUUAUGAAGCAUUAUUUAAUCGUAUAUUUAAUUAUUUUGUAAAUAAAUAUUUCUGUAUAUUGAAUAAAACUUAGAAAAAAAAUUGGUGAUAUCAGUAUCACUAACAGAAAUAAAAUUUUAGAUCUGAAAAGAAUAAUAAAUAUUUUAUAGCAACUUCAUUUUUUCCAGGCUAAACAAUAUUCCAAUAAUAAUCUUAAUAGAGUCAAUCCUCUACACUGACGGAUGGCGUUGCAUGAUUUGAGCACUUCCAGUGUCGUAUUCUUUGAGAUUAUGAAGAAAUGAAAAAACAAAGAUAAAUAAAUUUUUGAAAUACCUUUAUUUAAUACAUGAGGCAUUUCAUGUGAAUUCACCCAAGUAACAAAUUUGAUUUCUUGAGAUGAGGUUUAAAGUUUGCACAAUUCUUAGUCCUAAUCAGUACAAAUUAUAAAAUGAAAUAUUAUUGAUUUAUUUAAAUAAUUGUAUGUUGUAGAGGGAGUUAAAAAUGUUUAUAAUACAUGGAAUUUGUAGCGACUUUUACCCACAUUUAAGUGGUACUAGCAGAGCUUGUCGCGCGCUAUAUUUCUACUUUCGACUAAUGACACUUAACAGCUUGUUACUUCUUGUGUGUAUAAAAAUCUAACAAGACUUUAGGAAUUUUUUUGACGACACUAUUUAAGAUAUAACUUUUUUAUAGGGAAAAUUUUCUCAAGUGUACCAAUGUCAAAAUUAUAAGUUGUUAGAUCGGGCUAAUAUUUUCACAGUAUUCAGUACUAUGAAUGAGUACUUCAACUAAAAUGUAUUAUGAAAUUUUAUAAAAAAUUGUAGAGAGGGUUGAAGAUUUUGGAUAAGUAUGUACAGUGAGUUUUCUAAAAAAAUCAUAGCUUUUACACUCAGGCGCAAAAUUUCAGUACAUUUGUACUGAUUGCUUUUGAAUGCUGUCUUCACUUCAAAUCUAAAUAUUUUUGUAAGAAAUUAUGUAAAAACUAUCAAACUAGGAUCAUUUUAAAGUUUAAUAAUUAUUUUUUUAAGCGAACUUUAUCUUCCGUUUACAAACAGUUGUUAGUAAAGAAAUUAUUUACUGGUCCAAAACAAUUGCUAGAACAAUUCCAAUUAAUAUCUGGGUCAUUAAAAUUAAUUUACUUCACAAUUCAUAAAAAGUAACCACAGCCGAUAA